AUGUGUUUGGUAUUUGAUUCCCGGUAUUUCCUUGUGCGGUUGGAUGAUCUACGCACUUGCAAUACAUUAGAUCGGCAACAGAACGGCCAUUCCAUACCGGCAGAAUGCGUAAAUCAAGCACAUCAAUUUGUGACGUAUGCGAGUUCUGCUAAGAUUAUGCCCGUCAACACCAGUCAGCUUCGUGGAUUGCAUCUUGCACCCCCACCAGGUUGGCCUGCCAGUCGCCCAUUCACGUGGACCAAUUAUCUCACAUUCCUUUCCACAAAUCUGCAUUGCUCUCCUGUUGGCAAUGGUUUAUUACGUGCCGCAUCGACGAGCAGUCUGAUUUCUUCUGUUCAACCCCUCAGUUCCGAACCACGACUGACGGAAGAUGUGUACAGUGUCAACGACCAGAAACCAACAGAUGUACAUAGUUCUACAAGCCGUUUUCUCGUGGAUGAUUCUCAACUACCCGUUAAUUGCGUUCCUUUUUGCCCAUCCGAGUCCUUAUUUCGAGGUAGAACCCAGACGUCAUUUGCUGUUGAUACUGGUGGCUCCCGUGGCUCAUCCCUGUUCUCUGACCCCGCCGUUAGUGCCUUUUCCCAUGACCAAAUGACAUCACACGAUUCAGAAGUAGACUGUUGUACUGCCCCCGUUCCAUCACGUCAUUCCCAUACCGAUACAAGUGGUCCGGAUCGAUUUCUUUUGGGUAUGAAGUUAGAAAUGGUGUUGCCGCGCAAUGUACGUAAUCUGUAUUCAGAUUUAGCGGAAAUCGGACCGGCUCUCUGCACGGGAACUGUCACACGUGUCCACGGAGCGCAUCUUCUCUGGAUUCUACCAGACUUGAAUUUCACUCGUUUCGGUUCAACUGAGCCCAACCGACCAAUCAUGGUGGAUGCUCGUUCAACUCAGCUGUACCCGGUUGGUUGGGCCGCGUUCGUUGGACAUCCAAUUAUCGCUCCUACUGGUUACGAUCAAUGUGAAAUCGAACCAGAAAAUGGGCUACCUAUCCGACGACAUGAUCAAAUCACUGAAACAAAGUCCUGUGAAGGUGGUCUAUCUGAUCAAGUUGGGGCAUUAUGGGAUGUUGGUUUACGCUCCACACAUUGCUUGCAGUACCAAACGAUCGGUUAUGAUGCAGAGGAAAUUUGUCCUCCGGUUUACAUAAAUACCAAGUGCUAUAUAGGUCCGUUCCUGUGUAAAACCAGCUUGGAACUUCUCCCUCGAAGGUUCGGUCCAGGCCCGACAACCAGAUUGAUGCAUUAUCUUCUUACUCGGUUAGUCAGUGCAGCGUACAAGCCUAUACGUGUGCUUCGUAUGUUUGAAGCCGACUGGGCUAGUGGUAUGGCGUCUGCCUGGACCAAUCGUUUGAACCAACAGGCGCGGGAUGCCGAUCGCGAUUUCCCAACAGCCUCUCGAGGCCGAGUGGGUGGAUUGUCGGCCGCCGAAGCCUUUGAUCAAGCAGAAAUGGAAAUGUUGGAACAGAGACGAAGUGCUAUGUGUGUUGUUCUCCUCCGGAUACGUUGUCCCAGACGUGGAGUAAAGAUCGAGGCCCCUGUCGAAGUAUGCUGUCGUAGUCGAGCUGUCGAAGAGUUCUGUCGUCAGAUAUCCCUUGUCCUGGAAGCCUGUCCACAUCUAAUCAGCUUAACACCUCCGGAUCCAACCCCACCAUUAGCUCCAUUGUCCACUCCUGCGAUAGACAUACUCUCACUGGCGUCGGUAUCGAAAAGGUCCCGCGACUCAAAAAGUGGCGUUCGCAGGGACUUAUCUUUUGGCUCGCUUAUGUUUCCAUCCACACUCAGUGAUUGUCCCUCCUUCUGUGCUAGUCGUCUUCGAUCUCGAACUUUAGACCGGCUACCUGGUUGGAAACGGCGCAUGUUUGCAUCCCUCCGCCCGUUCGGCAUUCGUCCCCCAGCAGACGUUCAAUCAUCCUUGGGGUGUGCAGAAGUAUCAAAUGCAGGACUUCGAACUCGAGCCGCAGUAGCUGCAGCGCAACAGCAGCCACCCGAAAAUAGCGAUUCAUCUGCUGGACUAACACAGCAAUCAGCGACCCGUGAUAUUUCAGGACUAAUCAAUGGUACAACACGAAAAAACCGAACUCGCGUGACUAGUCGCUUUCGUGGCACAGUUCGUCGGAUACAGGGCCAGCGUGUUCUUUAUUCUGACGCAGAUUCGCAUGUUCACACGACCAAACGUCCUUUAAAUGCUGUAUCUUCCGCAGGGAUCGAUAAGCAUAUCCAUGACUCAACCACCGGGCCGUAUGGUGACUUGAGCACGCACGGUUCAAACGAAGGUAUAACACACAGUUACGGAAACUCAAUAGUUCCACGUGUCUAUCACUCCUGGUGUAACCACAUUCUUGCUCUCAAUGGUUUCAUUAAUCCUGAGAGCCCCUUACCUACCACUCCGGACAUAAGCAUAUCCCCUGAUUGUCCUGUCUUGCAUCAGCCCUCGUGUGAUCCGCAUUUAUCUGAACGCACUCUCUGCUCUAUUCUUGCCGACGCCCCCAGAGUAACAUUAAAUAGCAAUCCGCUGUUUUGGUCACCCGUCGAACUCGCUUCCUAUCUGGGAGAGACAGACUGUCGCGAAAUGUGGCCUUGGCUUGCAGCCGAGGCAGUCGAUGGUCAAGCAUUCAUGCUCCUCACUCUUCCCGUACUGCACCAGCUCGUUGGUUUGCGCUGGGAGGAUGCCAUCCGUCUAGCUCGACACGUUGUUUCCGUGAAACGCGCGUUCAUGGAACAGUUUGGCACGGAAUUCAGCGAGCACUCUACUUCCUGUUCGACACCUAGCUAG